AUGGAUGGUAUUCUAGGAAAUGGAGGGGAGCUAAGUAAUGUCAGUGCAUUGAAUCAGCUUUUGGACUACGCCAGCGAGCUUUUGGACUACGCCAGCGAGGUGCUAGGCAAUGCUAACAUCCUCGACUUGGGCAAAACUCUUAGUGGUGGCAUCAACACUUCCCAGCGCGAAGAGGAUGGCCAAGGUAGGGGCGUCGCCGUCAAUAAGCUGGGUACGAGCAACGCUAGCUGGUUGUUUAGUACAAGAAGGCAAUUGGGCGGCGAUGGCGGCGUCAAGCACACUCCAAGCGGCGCCUAUAAGGAUGGUGUGGCUAGUAGCACCCAUGGCGCGUCUAGAGGUGUCAUCUGUGAGGGAGGCGGUCAGCACGUGGAAGACAACGCCGGAGAGGCCCAAGGCGCAGGGUUUGGUGGCGAUGCCCUUGCAGAAAAUAGUUUAGGUGGCAUCCAAGGUGUAGUUAGAGACUCAUUUUGCAAGGCUGGAGCUAACAACGCCUUAGUGGUUGGGCCUCGGGAUGCCUCAAUAGCUGGACUUGGCGACUUUGCUAGCGUGACAAAGAGCUUUGGAGCAGGAGACGUCGGUGAAUUCUGGGUAGGCGAUGCCACAAGGAAGAAGGCCUGCGUCAAUGCUGGGAUGCACUAUCAUG